AGAAAUUGGGGAAUUUUUUCAGUCAAAAACUGUUAUUCUACAAGAAAACUCCUUUGUCGGCAUUCGCUGGGGGACGCUAUAAGACUAAAACACUGUAGCAUCAACCCAACUGUAAUGGAAAACUUGACUGAACACGUGACAACCGCACUUGCGAACGUGACCGCUUCCUUCCUUGGAGAAAUCGCCACAACUAUUGUUGACCAGCUUGACGAUACCACAUGGGAGAUGACCACUACACAAGGGGGUUCUGGAAGUGGCGGGUUUUGGGCCGCCGUUGAACGGUUCCCUAACGGCACUCAUCGUGGCCGAGUAGCGGGUAAUCUAAACUUCUUUAAUUUCAUCAUGCUCUCCUGCAUCAGCUCCGUCGUAUGCCUGGUCGGUAUCUGCGGCAACACUCUGGCCUUCCUGGUGUUCCUCCGCGAGAAGAAGAAGGGACCCUCUUCGAUCAUCCUCCAAGCCCUUGCCGUGUCCGACAACCUCAUCCUGAUUAAUACGCUCGUGGAGUUCUCCUUUGCCUUCUUCUACCCCCAUACGGGUUUACUGGAGGACUAUUUCUUCGCCCACCGCCAGUUCAGCCUAUACACCUAUCCCCUCCACUACAUUUUCAUCACUUCGUCCACGUGGUUGCUGGUGCUACUCACCAUCCACCGCUACAUCGCAGUCUGCAAGCCGCUGCACGCCAAGAAAAUGUCCUCGGUGAAACACGCCCGCAUCCAGGCGGCCGGCGUGUUCCUCUUCAGCAUUGCCUUCAACAUGCCUAAGUUCUUCGACGUGAAAGACGUCGGCAUAACGUACCUGACAUCGUACAAUGAUGACAUGAGCUACAAGACGGUUCUUCAGAAGAAUUUCGCCCUGAAGAUUAGCUAUCGCAUCGUGCUCACCACUUUGGUGAUGUACAUCAUACCGAUUGGCGCCAUGGCCAUCAUGAACGGAAAGCUGAUCUCGAAGUUGAGAGAGUCCAAGAAACAACGUCUGGCAAUGGGCAAGACAUCCACGGACCGCGACAGUAUUAACCAUAUCCUUGUUGCCGUCGUCAUCAUCUUCAUGUGCUGCACAACACCUAUAUUCUUCUCACAAAUCGUCAUGUCCUUCGUCGAUUUCCUCCCCAGGAACGUUCUGAUGAACUACUUCUAUUUCAUCCCGUUCUUGUUCCUACUCGUUGCCGUCAAUGCCGCUCUUAACUUCUUCGUCUACACCCUGAUCGGCCAGAAAUUUCGUUCGGGGUUGCGCGAGAUGAUCUGCAGCACCUGUGCCACCGAGGAGCAGACCAAUGCCACAGUCAAAUCCUCCAAUAAUCGUGAGUCCACGAUGUCCAACAAGAGCGACGAGGCGGACAAUCAAGUGGCUACAGUGGCCACUACUGAGGUGAAGUGUGAAAUGUCCACCCUCAGCACCUCCGCUUCAUCCACCUCGCCACUCGUGUGA